CUCCACCAAGGUGCAGGAGGACCUGGAGGCAGAGUUCCAGUCCCUCUUCUCCCUCCUGGAGGAGCUGAAGGAGGGCAUGCUCAUGAAGAUAAAGCAGGACCGCGCCAGCCGCACCUACGAGCUACAGGUGUGUGUGUGUGAGGGGCUCUCCCACACCCCCACCCAGCCAUGAUUCCCCACUGCACCCCUCAGACUCAGCAGAGCCCAUCUGGCCUCAGCGUCUUCCUCCAAACCUGCUCCUCCCCCCACAUCGCUCCUUGGAGAUGCCUGCAAGUGUCUGCAGUGUCCAGAACCAGACACCCCAGUGCCAUUGGCCUCAUCUCCUCUUUUUCCUGGUCUCUUCUCUGCCCCCUCACUGGCUGUGAUCCAUCAGUCCCCACCCACCUGCUCUCCUUGAUCUCUAUUCCUACCACCCACCUCCACCGCCUCUUCCCUGUCCCCAGGGCCCCACCCCCGCAUCUGGCUGCUCCUCCCCUCCAGUCCUCACCCAGGGCCUCCAGUUUCUCAGCCCUUCCCACUGGUCCCUGUAUCUGGCAGCAUCAUCUCUUGCCAACCCCCCCACCCCCAUGGCUCCUGUGGGAUCUCAGAUUCUAAAUGCACCCUGGGGCUGCAUCAAAACCUCCUGGACCACUUUCUAGCAUCCCAGAUUCCCAUCCCAGGAGAAUUGGGGGCCUCGAGGCUCAGGUGUGGCCCGGACAUAACCAGCUGGCGGCCUGCACUCGGGCCCUGGAGAGCUCAGAGGAGCUUCUGGAGACAGCCAACCAGACCCUGCAGGCCACAGACAGCGAGGACUUCCCUCAGGCUGCCAAGCAAAUCAAAGAUGGUGUGACAAUGGCCCCUGCCUUCCGGCUAUCAUUGAAGGCCAAGGUCAGCGACAACAUGAGUCACCUCAUGGUGGACUUUGCACAGGAGCGGAGGAUGCUACAGGCACUCAAGUUCCUACCAGUGCCCGGCGCCCCUGUGAUUGACCUGGCCGAGUCCCUGGUGGCAGACAACUGUGUGACGUUGGUGUGGCGCAUGCCGGAUGAGGACAGCAAGAUUGACCACUACGUGCUGGAGUACCGGCGGACCAACUUCGAGGGCCCGCCCCGCCUCAAGGAGGAGCAGCCCUGGAUGGUCAUUGAGGGCAUCCGGCAGACGGAGUUCACCCUGACGGGUCUCAAGUUUGACAUGAAAUACAUGAACUUUCGUGUGAAAGCCUGUAACAAGGCAGUUGCAGGCGAGUUCUCCGAGUCGGUGACCCUGGAGACACCAGCGUUCAUGUUCCGCCUGGAUGCGUCCACAUCUCACCAGAACCUGCGGGUGGACGAUCUCUCCGUGGAGUGGGACGCCAUGGGCGGGAAGGUGCAGGACAUGAAGACUCGGGAGAAGGAUGGCAAGGGGCGGACGGCGUCUCCUGUCAACUCUCCGGCCAGAGGUGUGCCAUCCCCCAAGAGGAUGCCCUCCGGUCGUGGGGGUCGGGAUCGCUUCACAGCUGAGUCCUACACGGUGCUGGGGGACACACUCAUCGACGGUGGGGAACAUUACUGGGAGGUGCGCUAUGAGCCAGACAGCAAGGCGUUCGGCGUGGGGGUGGCGUACCGCAGCCUGGGCCGCUUCGAGCAGCUGGGCAAGACGGCCGCGUCCUGGUGCCUGCACGUCAACAACUGGCUGCAGGUCAGCUUCACCGCCAAGCACGCCAACAAGGCCAAGGUGCUGGAUGCCCCCGUGCCCGACUGUCUGGGCGUGCACUGCGACUUCCACCAAGGCCUCCUGUCCUUCUACAACGCCCGUACCAAACAGCUGCUGCACACCUUCAAGGCCAAGUUCACACAGCCCCUGCUGCCUGCUUUCACAGUGUGGUGUGGCAGCUUCCAGGUGACGACAGGCCUACAGGUUCCCAGCUCUGUGCGCUGCCUGCAGAAGCGGGGCAGUGCCACGAGCAGCUCCAACACCAGCCUCACUUAGGCCACUGGACUACCCCCGCCCUGUCCGGCUGAUUUUGGGGAGGCCCUUCCCACCCCCAGGCCUUGGUUGUUUCAGCCGGCACCCUCUUCUCAUUUGCUGCUUGGAGCCUUAACUCCUGAUUGGGGGGGGUCACCAAUGGGGAGUGGGCACCAGGGCAGGCCCUCGUCCCCUACCUCACCUCCUAAUAAAGGUCAAUCACUGGCCAGGCCGUGCUGAUGGUUCUUUGGGGCUGGGUGGCACUGACUGUGCCCCGAACCUCUCUGGACCUCCACUUUCCUGGCUGUAAAAU